AUGUUGCCUACAUUCGACCUCUGGGGUAGAGACUGUACUUCCUACGACAGCACGAACUGCACCGCAGUGGAUGAUUGGCGUUAUGAGAUGCGUCGUGAAAUGCAAGAAAUAUUGCCUGGAUUAUACCUAGGUCCAUUUGCUGCCUGUCGUAAUAUCCAACAUCUUCAAAACAACGGCAUUACGCAUAUUCUUUGCUUCCUUGACAGUAACGAGCUUCGUAUCUUCAAGACUGAUACUCUAGCCGAGCUUUUCAACUUCAAGCCUAUCACAGUAUCUGAUUCCACCAUGCAAAACCUUAUCCCUAUAUUCCCUCAGUGCACAGCGUAUAUCAAGGAAGUACUUGAAAACCAUGGAAAGCUUCUUGUAUGCUGCAACACGGGCAUGUCACGGAGUCCCAGCUUUGUUAUCGCCUAUGCAAUGGAGAUUUACAAUAUGAAUGCCACUCAAGCCUACCAAUAUGUGCAAAGCAAGCGACUUUGUAUCAAUCCAAACGAUAGCUUCAAGAGUCAACUCAGUGAAUACGAGCCUAUCUAUAUGGCGAGGAAAUUGAGUCACCCAACUGAUCAAUCGAGACGAAGGAGAAGAUCUGGCGGAGAGGACGAAGAUGAUAUGAUAUCCCAACAGAUGGAUUCCAAACGACGUCAAUACACCAUCGAAAGCAAUAGCAUGUAUGAAUCCAGCGUUUCAGGCUUCCCAGUACCGUAG